AUGAGUGCUGAUAAUGUAAGUUCAAUAGAUCCUGAAAAGGAGAGAAUUUCACGAGAAAGAAGGGAGAAAUUAGCUAAAUGGAGAGCUAAGAAAGCUUUAAUGGAUAGUCAAAAUGAAUUAAAGAAAGAGACUGUGCCAUUAGAGGUUAAAAAUUCGAAGAUUACUAACAAUGAAAAUGACAGUACUAGCAGAUCAAAACUUUUAGAAAGACAACAUAAAUUGCAAGAAUGGAAGAGGAAGAAACGUGAACGGGAGGAAGAACAGUUGAUAAAAGAACAAGAGAAUACAAAGGAGACAUCUUCCCACUCGAAGAAGAAGAAUAAGAAGCAGAACAGAGGAUCUCAGAAAAGACAGAUAACCUUUGAUGAUAGUGAUGAUGAGACUACGGGUGAAAGUAAAGAUUCUUUUGAUAAAUCUGAAAUAGUAGUUGAAAAGUCAGAUAUGAGUGGUUCUAAAAAUAAUAACGAAGAUGAUCCUUUGGAAGCGUAUAUGAAGAGCCUUGUUAACGGAGGACAACCUUUAAAUCAUAAAAUUGGGGAAAAUAUACUUGAUGAGGAUGGGGAUGAUAAUUCUAUUGAAGAGGAUGACGAAUUUAGUAACUCUGAAUCUGAUGAAGAAUCCUCAAGAUACAAAAGAAUAUCUAAAGCCAAAGCUAAAAAGAAAGUCAAAGAGAUUAAAUUUACAAUCAAGGACUUAGAGCCAUUCCCAAAAUCAUUUUAUUCAGAGCCUGAUGAAGUUAAGUUGAUGACAGAUGAUGAGGUAGAAGAAAUGAGAUUGAGUUUGGGAGGGAUAAAAGUUAAAGGAAAACAUUGCCCUAAGUUAAUUACUAGAUGGUCACAAUUAGGUUUGCCCACUGAUAUUAUGAACUUGAUAACAAAAGAACUCAAAUAUGAUGAACCCACUGCUAUUCAAUCUCAAGCAAUACCCGCUAUAAUGUCUGGACGUGAUCUCAUUGGUAUUUCAAAAACAGGUUCAGGGAAGACUAUUUCUUAUAUUCUGCCUAUGCUGCGACAAAUAAAAGCCCAAAGAACUUUAUCAAAAAAUGAAACAGGUCCAUUGGGAUUGAUUUUGGCUCCUACUCGUGAAUUAGCAUUGCAAAUUAAUGAAGAAGUAGAAAAAUUUACCAAACAAGAUCGAUCAAUAAGAACAAUUUGUUGUACAGGUGGCUCUGAAAUGAAAAAACAAAUUAAUGACUUAAAAAGAGGUGUAGAGAUAGUUGUAGCAACUCCUGGCCGUUUGAUAGAUAUUUUAACUUUGAAUUCUGGUAAGCUUAUAAGUACUAAAAGAAUUACUUUUGUUGUUAUGGAUGAAGCUGAUAGACUAUUUGAUAUGGGAUUUGAACCACAAAUAACACAGAUUAUGAAAACUGUAAGACCUGAUAAGCAAUGUGUACUUUUUAGCGCCACUUUUCCUAACAAGCUUCGAAGUUUUGCUGCAAGAAUUCUUACUGAUCCUUUGACAGUAACGAUCAACUCAAAUAAUUUGGUUAACGAAAACGUCAAUCAAUCCUUUUAUAUUGAAGAUAAUGAGAAUGAUAAGUUUAACAGAUUGGUCAACAUUUUGGAUGGAUUUUACAAAGUAAACAAAAAUAUAACAUCAAAUUCUGAAGAAAGGGAAAUUGACGAAGAAGUGUCUGAUAAAAAGAUAAUUAUAUUCGUAUCAAGCCAACAAUUUUGUGAUUUAUUAUAUUCUAAGUUAGAGAAUUUUGGAUAUUUCCCAUAUACAAUACAUGCUGGGAAACCAUACCAGGAAAGAGUAAUGAACCUAGAGAAAUUCAAAACCACUACUAAUAGCAUCUUAUUGUGUACUGAAGUACUAUCUCGUGGAUUAAAUGUACCAGAAGUUUCAUUAGUUAUAAUCUAUAAUGCUGCAAAGACUUUUGCUCAGUAUGUUCAUACCACAGGGAGAACAGCUCGUGGUACACAUAAAGGUGAUGCCAUUACAUUGCUUUUGCCAGAUGAAUUAGCGGCUGCAUAUAUUUUGAAGAGAGCACUUAGGGAAAGAGAAUUAUCAUCAAUUGAUCCACAAAUGGUGGAAGAUAUGAAACAGAUGAGUGAAAGAUUUGAGUCUGGUAUGAAGGAAGGGAAAUAUAAGCUUUCUAAAGGUUUUGGUGGUAAAGGUUUAGAUAAUUUAGAUACCAAAAGGGAAGAAAAACAGCAAGAAGAGAAACAUAAGCUAGAUAAAAUAGAAAAUGAUGAAAGUACACCAAGUACAAGCUAUAAGACAACAGAUAAUGCAUCAUCCAGUUCAGAAGUAGAUUCUGUUACAAUACCAAAAUUGGAAUUCACGAUAGACCGUGAUAAAAAUAUUGAUAGCACUAUUUCAUUUACUGCCAUAGUAAAUGUAAAUGAUCUUCCUCAACUUGUUAGAUGGGAAGCAACUAAAAACACCACCUUAAUGUUUAUUAAACAUGAAACAGGUUGUAGUAUUACAAACAAGGGUAAAUAUUAUCCUGAAGGCAAAGGUCCUACUUCAAAUAAAGAUCAGCCAAAAUUAUACUUACAAAUUGAAGGGAAGGAAGAGAAAGAUGUAUUAUUAAGUAUCGAAUUAUUAGAACAAAAGGUUAGAGAAGGUAUCAAAAAAGUUGAAUACCAAUCCAUAAAGAGCACUAAAUAUUGA